CUAUACUUGGUAUUUUUUUUAUCAAUAUCGAUCUCAUAUUUAGAAAAACUGGCACAUUGCUUGCCUAAUUUGGCUAAUUUUUGUUGUUAAACAAAUAGAGGCAGUUGGAUUGGAUGCGUAUCAAAGAAUUUGGCCAAGUUCGGCUUCCCUCUUCGGAAAUUCAACCUGCCGCCGGUUGUCGCCCGUCUCUGACCGCCGAGGUGAACCGUCUGAAUUCGAAAUGGCCACUGUGAGCUCUACAGUGUUGCCGUCUUCAUCAAAAAUCCGAUGGAACAAACUUUCAGCCUACGCAUCUCGCAUCUAUUUUUUUCUCAUCAUCCUUCAGAUACCACUUUUCAGGGUUCCAUGUAGAUCUGGUAUGUGUUCAACACCAAUGCAUGUCACAUCUUCCCAGUUGAUUGCAAGUGACAUAUUUCCCGUUCCAAUUGUGAAGGCCCUCCUCUACCCUGGGGCAAUCAUAAAUAGCUUAAUCAAGAAUAUGACUGUUCCUAGUUGGGACAAUUUGCUAAACAUGUACAAUCUGAAUAACAUAAAGGAGGCUUCCCCAGUAACAGACCUACAGCGCAUGGAGGUUCUUGCCGGAAGCUAUUUCUCUGUAGCAGGUGCUCUCAUUGGCAUCAUAAAGUCUGGAAGGAUGAGCAUGUUUGGAACACUACUUGUCAUUUGGGGCCUAAUAAAGGAAGGCAUCCUUAACAAACAAGCAAACCCUAAUCCUGGAAAAGCGGUGUAUGUUUAUCCAACAAUGUUGGUAGCCUUGGUUUGUUCAUUCCUGUCUGUGAAGUAUGACAUCAAGAGGGUUAUGAGAGGUGCUGCACCAGCAAGACCUGUGGCAAAGCCUCUUCAGAGAUCUUCAAAAAACAAACUAAAUUGAUGCCAACCAGUGUCUGACAAGCUUCUUCUUUAAACGCCUCGUUUGUAAAAUCCAGGGAACCUUCUCGAAAUUCAUGCAAUCAAAUUGCGGAAACGCUGCUUUCAUAAUGCAAGGGAAUUUAUAUGAAGAAAUAUCGAGAGGAGUAUGAAAAGGCUGAUAUGAGCUUUGAACUGAGAUCCGACUCUUUUUCUGCUUGGCCAAUAGUUGGAGAUGUUUCUGUUAUUUUCUUGGUUUUUUUUAUUGUAGUAAACAGCCUAUCAGCCAUUUUUUGGCCUUUUGAAUUGACUUUGGUUAUUUUACUUUAUCAAACAACUUUUUACUUUGGUUCUUUUGACUUUGGUUCUUAGUGUUUGGUAAACUACUUUUUCAUUUGAUUGUUUGACAUAAAAAAGCCAAAAAUGAAAUAUAUGUUUGAGUAGCUUUUUCACAA